ACCUGUCAAGCAUCGCGUCGAAAGCGAGUUUGACUGUGGGGCAUUGCAAACAUCUCGUGUGCAUCGAAAAGAUACGCGAUCAAAUUUUCGGCUUAAUGAACUAAAGAUUUCACUGUUUCAAAAACAACAACUCUACUAGUGCAUCACCAAGGAAUGGAAGACCGGAAACGUGACCGAAAUUAAAACAGUGAAUGUUGUUCUGCUUUUCUACGUUGCGCUUGGUGCUGGCCUUGUCGAGAAAAAGUUAUAACAAGUGGAAAAUAUAACCUCACUUUUUCGGCGCGUAUUGCGCUCGGGCCUGAAAGGGAAACAAACCGCCCGAACCAAAACCUACUUCAUACGCUAGUCCUAAACCCACGCGUCUUUUACGAAUUCUAGCGGCCGGAUCAUUUCUUAGUUUCUAAUGUAACAAAUCGUUUGCGCUCGACGAUGCCGGUUGUAUUAGAAAUGUCCUUUUCUUAACGUGAAAGUGUUAACUUUAGUUUUAAUGCCCCAUUUCGGGCAUGGUAUUGAUAAAUCACAGUGAUAAAAGUGGUAUCUGAGUCAAGCAAUUGUUUUCAUUCGUGUUCGUACGCCAAGAGGGUAGUGAAAAUUUGUAGAAUUAAAGAAAAGGUCCACACAGCCCUUGUGUAAAACUACAAGUACGAGAACCAGUGAAACAUUCUGACGCUUGCAGCAGUUAACGGGUGGUUGCUUGUUGAACGCAUCAAAUCACCCUCUCGGAGAUGGCUGAUGAACAAGGACUGCAACAGGGAGAGACUCUCGCCGGCGGUAUGCUGCAACAGCAGCAUAAUCAGCAGCAUCCGGAUGAGGAGGAAGAGGAACAAGCAGGCAGCUUGAACGUGCGACCGAAUGUUGGCAUAAAACGUAGAUACAGCGAGCUAAUGUGCGAGAGUGACGAGGACGAUUUCGCUGGAUUCGACGAGGACGCUGCUAGCAGUGAAAAUGGUACUAUGAGUUCCCCGAGACCCUUGGAGAUAAUAUCCGAGGGUAUUUUGACAGCAGCGGAUAAUAAGUUGUCUGAAAACAGCAAACCAGGCGAAGAGGACGGUGCAUCUGAGUUACAAAACAGUUUGAAACAGGAAGAAAUGGAUACUGGCAACUCAGCUAUUGGAGAAAAUAAUAAAAGUUUGGUGAAGAGAAAAAUAAAUGUUCCCAUUAACACGCAAGAUGAUAUCUACAAAGUACCAUUUAAAUAUGGUUGGAAGCGAGAACUGGUGUAUAGAGCCAACAUGGAUGGAAAUAGUAAAGAUAAGGGUGAAGUAUAUUACAUUACACCUAAUGGAAAGAAAUUACGUACCCGUAAUGAUAUCGUAUCUGCGUUACACGAUGAUCUCACGAUGGAUAAUUUUACAUUCGCUAAAGAGCCUGUUGGAGGAACACCAGAUGAAGAAACAAUCAGGAGUGCCAAAUCUUACAGUAAUGUGCCCAAACGAUCAAUGCCUGGCGCAGCACAUUCUAUGGCAAUGGAUACUUCGGCAGAUUUGGGCAAACGUGUCCCAAAACCUAAAAUGCCGAAAGGAGCGAGUCCUCCUCCACCAUCAUCCUACGCCAAGACUAACUCGCUUAGUCUAACGCCACUAUCAAAAUCUUUUGCUUCGAAUGUAGAAAACUCGCCUAAAAUCAACCCAGUGUCCGCAAACGCGUUAGGUUCCACGGGUGGACAACGUAGCAGAACUCAGGGAGCCACGGGAUCAAUUAAAGGAAAUGAAAACAGCGGAAUAACCGGAAAGCAGGCGAAAUUGGCUGGAAAAAAUAAUUUGUUAAUAUCGAAGUAUAUCAUAAAUAUGAAAUAUUGUAUGGAAUUUAUCAAAAGGGUCGAAACUUGUACAAUCCAAUGUAUACCAGCGAUGGGAAUGAUACCGCAGCUGCAGUGUAUGGUAUGCUACUGCAUGUACCAUCCGGAAUGUGUUAGUGCUACAACAGCUGAAGCAUUGGCUCGUCGAUUUAAUUGCAAGAGCUGCAUGGAGGACUCUAUGGCAGCGGAGCAACAUCAGCAACAAACAUACAAAGAAUCGUUCGGGAACUUUGGCAUGAUUAACAAUAACGGAAACAGUAGCAUCAGUGCGACAAAACCGUUAUUAACUUCAAAUAAUGGCGAAGCAUUAACGUCGAAACCGGCGGUAAAAUCUGCUCACAGUAGUGGGCCGGUUGCUGCAACCAAAGAAAAGACAAAGCGUGCUCAACUGCAGAGUGCCGGACCUAAAGCUGACGUACCACCGGUAAAUACACCGACAGGUACAUGCGGGAAAAUUAACACUUCCACGAAGGACAUACCGCCACAAGAUGUUCUCGUCAUUGGCAGUCAUGAAUAUGUGGUCGUACCAAAAGGCAAAGCAACCGCUGUGAAGAGCAAAAAAUCUUCUACCAAGCCCACAAAUCCUCAAUCGCAGGUCGCAAUCAAAUUUCCGGAUGAUUCUCGAAAGAUGGGUAAUAUCGCAGGAGGGGCUUCCACUAACGCUAAGCCAGCGAACUGUGCAAAUGAUCGCAUCUCAGAUGACGACACAUCAUCGCCUGUUGCUGGAGGAGGUCAUACGCGCAACUGCUCCACGGCAGCACAAAAUGGAAGCGGUCGUGAUCCGUCCAACUUCUUGUCAGAUGUUUCUGCAGGAUACACUUGUUUGAUGCUAAGCUUCAACUAUCUCAAAGUACAAGAACUUUUACGUGCCUGCAGUGUUUGCCGUAUGUGGAAUCAUUUAGGAAAUCAUCCCCGAUUCUGGGAAACUGUACGCAUGAAGAAUUCUUACAUCAGCGAUUGGGCCGGAAUGAUAGCUAAGCUUCGAAAAAAUGGUACAAAGCAUCUAGAUUUACGAAAGGUUUUAAACGUCGGUAGUAAUGACGAGAUGUGGCAAAGUUUUAACGAUCACAUUGGGCAAGCAGAUCAAAUAGAAGUUAUUGACCUGUGUCGGUGCUCUUCAACAGUUGUGGGGAACUUGCUUCGAUCAAACCCAAACCUGCGGGUAGUCAACGCACUCGCAAUAAAGAAUGAUCCCAUCGAUUUUGUGAAUUUUGAACACGGUGCAAAUUUGGAUGAAUUGCGCCUUAAAUCUUCAGCCGCAAUUUCACUGGAAGGGGAUCUGCAUCAGCUGGCAGCUUUGCGUAAUCUGAAACACCUAUCAUUAACCUCCAUUAGCAAGCUGGGUUCUACUUCGAUCGAAGCCUUGGGGUCACUCGUACUUUUAGAAUCGCUUGAACUAGGUGAAUGUACCGAAAUGGGAUCCAAUCUUGCCAACGUGCUAUCCAACCUAACGGCCUUAAAACGGCUUAGGCUCGAAAAAGGACAGGAGAACUUUGAUAUGUUUACCAUUCUGAAUGGCAUAGCCAGAGUGAAAAGCUUAACACAGUUAGAAUUAAUCAAUUGUGAUGUGAAGAUGGGAUUCGAUCGACACAUCUCCAACUGCACGAAUGUGAAGAAAUUGCUACUGAUUCCAACGUAUGUGUCCCAGUCAGCUGCCACGAAUCGGAUGGUCUUGAAAGGAAUCAUUAAGCUGCACCAAACAUUAGAAACGGUAGUGUGGGCCAUAACGGUUGAACUGUUGCGUGUUACGGAGCUCUAUAUCGAUGCGAAUGUUGAAGACGCAGAAAAUCAAAUGGGAGGUAGCAUUCCCAUCUUGAAGCCUGUACCUGGAAGCGAUGAUCCACCAUCCGCUAUCGGUUCUCAAUUGGAUCUUCCCGAAGAGGUAGAAAUCGUGCCGCUGAAGAGAGUUCAAUCCAUUUUGAAACGCAAAGUUCCAAACACCAAGUUUCAAAUAUUGAAAAUUCCUUUCAACAACACUUGGAAACAGACCAUGUGCGAUUUAGUGUAGUGGGAGAGAGGAAAUUGGAUUCGUCAUUGUUAAAUGACCAUCAGAGUCAUAAGUUUGCUCAUGUGUAAAUAGUGUAAAGAAUGCAACGCCCAAUUAUUUACGUGUAGUUUAAUCGCUCGAUUGAUAGACAACUUUUCGCUGGAUGAAAGUUCCAGUAUUGCUCCGAGUGUAAAAAACUCGCUUUAAAUUUUAUUUUAUUUUCAAUCAGAUCGUCAAAGUUUUUAGUUUUUUUUCCUGCUAUGAUAGUUAAGAAUGUAACUAGAGGCAUAUUUUUUUCUGGAAUAUUACAAACUGUAGCAAGUACUAGUGUCGGGGAUAAUAAAUUAACAUCGACGGUUGAUUUACUAGGAUACGACAAACGUGUACUUCAAUUAUUUUAAAUAUUAGCAAUGAUUUUAUUACAUUCUUCGAGCGUACACACAAGACAUGUAAGAAGUGUAGGAAAAAAAUGUAAAUUUUAAGAAUUAAAAUGAUCGAAUUGAAAGUGA